GCACCACGUGACCCUCCCUCCCGGACCACCGCCGCCACGUGACCCCUCCCUCCCGGACCACCGCGUCACUUCCGGCUGCGUCAGGCUUUCCCCUCUGCUGACCAAAGAUCCGUUGGGCUGCGAGUGUUUGUCGGUGGCGGCCGAUUUCGUGAAUUUCAUCAUGGCUCGUGGACAGCAGAAAAUACAGGCCCAGCAGAAGAAUGCUAAGAGGCAAGCUGAUAAGAAAAAGGGGGGAUCUGAUCAAAAAGCAGCAGCAAAGGCAGCUCUCGUGCACACAUGUCCUGUCUGCAAAACACAGAUGCCAGAUCCUAAAACCUUCAAACAGCAUUUUGAGAGUAAACAUCCUAAAUCUCCCAUGCCUCCUGAACUGGUAGAUGUGCAGGCAUAAAUAAAACUCAACUUGGAUUUGGACUUGGAAUUCUGCUGACAUGAUGCACUGAAUACUACUACACAAGGCCUGGAAAAGAUGAAGAAAAUUUAAUUCUUCAACCUUUUCCAUUUCUACUUACUACUGAACUGUUGAUGUUUAAUCUUUUCAUGUUUUGGGAUGAAGCAUUGGAGAUUUUUUGUUUGGGCAUUACAAAGGUGCCAAUUCUUCGAGUAGGCUCUGUGAAAGAUGUGGUACAGAUCUCGUGAUAGAUCAGUACUAAUAUGAACUUGUCUCUUCACUACUUUUAAGCACUGGCAUCAUUGUAAUAUUAGUACUGUUGGAGUCUGUUACUAAAAAUAUGGGAGUUUGAAUCUAACUUACAACUAUAUUGGUUUUUUGAGAACCACUAUGGAUGAAUACUGUGUUAGGUUAGAGUACUGGUCUAUGACUAAUAAAAUUCCUUGACCUUCCCAAGUACAGCCCAGUCAGCUAUGUUAGCAUAUGUAUGCCUUGUACCGCUUGUGUUCGGCAUCUUCUUUGUAGAAGGGAUGUUGCAAUAUAUUAAAACUUGUAUCCCUGUUGCAAACUGAUAAUUAUGAUCAAUCCAUAAAGACAAUAUGGUCUAUUUCACUAGAUGCUCCCAGAUGAUUGCAGGACAAUUUAUUCUCGUGACCACCCGUCUGAUUUUAAUUUGCCUUGUGUUUGAUUUUCUGAAAAUAAAUAACAGAUUUCAUGAGCUCCACAAAUCAUAGUAGGAUUCCCAACAGUUUAAAUGGCGUUCUUGUACAGACAUCCGAUGCUUCAAGUAGACGUUUGAAGGAACACAGACUCAUGAUGCGAAAUCAGAGGCUGUUUGAGCUCUACAGAUAUUGUUUGCAAACGAUUAGUUUAUAGCUACAGUUUGCAGGGUUAACAUCUUGUUGGUAAACUGGUAAGUUUGUAUAUAACAGGUUAUUAACGAGUAAUGGUUUUAUGAAAUUUGGUUGAAGGGGUUACUCCAUAUAGAGGGAAACCAAUUAUCACAUUGACUGUAAUUCCAAUUUGAAAUGACAAUAUCUAGUAUUCCAAUUUGAAAUGACAAUAUCUAGGAUUGCAAUAGCUUUUAUUACACCUGGAUAUGCUUCUAGUCCUUAGCCAUAUUUUCUCUGUUCUGUAGCAACCGUGCAUAAUCAUACAUACAGUAUUUUGUGAUUUAACUGGAGCUCACUGUAAUUUCAAUAAAUAUCAAAAGCACAUUUUCUUAUAGAA